AUGAGUGCUCCUGCCGAAGGUCCCUCCUCCUCUGCCGAAAACGAGACAGGCACUUUGACGCCUACCUUACCGUCGCAUGGCGCUGGACACAGUGCCACACAAGUUGAAUUCCUAGUGGGCGGCUAUCGCCAGAAGUCCGCCGUCUCCGUCACUUCGAAUGCUGCGUCGGGAGGAGGCCGGAAACGCUCCUUCCAGUGUGUUAUCUGCGGCAGAACAUUCAAGAAGCGCAAAUUUUUCGAUGAUCACGAACAGCUCUGUCGGCAGGCCUCAACAGUAUCCGACUCAGCAAAGAAGGAGCAGGCAGAGGAUACGCCGGAAAUGCCACCUCCACUCGUCUCAGUCUGGACCGGCCCCGCGCUGAAGUUCGAGCUGGUGGCCGAAUGCAGCAAGUCACUGGCCCGG